UUUUAUAUAAUGAAAAAAAUAAACAGUUUUGCUUCUGGAGUUUCUUCUUCUAUCAAUUCGCCUAUUCCAACGAGUCUAGCUGGUGAAUGCAAAAAGGCUGCCAAGAUUUUGAAUGGAUUUAUAGAUCCUGGACAAGGAAUGGAUAAAAUCAUUCCUGAAAACAUUUUGAUGAACGCCAAAGGUUUAGCUAUCUAUACUGUACUCAAAGCAGGAUUUUUGUUUUCUGGCCGUGCUGGUAGUGGCAUUGUAGUGGCAAGAUUGCCUGAAGGAGGUUGGUCCGCCCCUUCUUGUAUUGGUACAGGUGGUAUUGGUGCCGGUGGACAAAUUGGUGCUGAGUUGACAGAUUUUGUUCUCGUUUUGAACACAAAGGAGGCUGUAAAAACAUUUAGUCAACUCGGCAACAUAACACUAGGUGGCAAUGUGUCUGUUGCUGCUGGUCCCAUUGGUCGUAAUGCAGAAGCAUCUGGAAGUGCAAGUUUAAAGCACAUCGCAGCUAUUUAUUCUUACAGUAAAACAAGAGGAUUAUUUGCUGGUGUUUCACUUGAAGGGUCUGUGGUCAUUACUCGUAAUGAUGCGAAUGAAAAGUUUUACGGCCAACGUGUUACUGCUAAGGAAUUGUUAAGCGGCACCAUUCCUCCUCCACCUGAAGCAGAUGCCCUUUACAGAGCACUGAAUGCUAAAUUUCAUACGCUGGGUACACAAACAUAUACAGCACGUUCUGCUGACGGAUCUCCUACCAGCCCCAUCAGUCGAAGUGGGACUUUUAAAAGUACUAAUAUCUCAGCACCCGGUACGCUUAGACAGCCUCCACCUAUUCGUCAACAAAUAGGUGGCUAUGGUGCACCAUUACAGAUUCAACAGCAGCCUUAUAAUACAUCACCUACAUCGCCUCCUUCUUAUCAGGCUCCUUCUUAUCCCAAUACUUAUGGACAAGAUACUAAAUCACCUGUCACCACAAAUUAUAACUCAUCUUACAAUCAACAUUCUAAUAAUAGUUACAACAAUAUUAAUACAAAUCAUAAUGACUAUGCCACUCAAACUGCUGCCAAACGAGCUCCACCUCCACCUCCACCUAGUAGAAAACCAGUAGAACCUACAGCUAAAGCGCUUUAUACAUUUGAAGGACAACAGCCGGGAGAUCUUAGUUUUCAAGAAGGGGAUACAAUUGUAAUUGUGCAGAAGACAGAAAGCCAGGAUGACUGGUGGACAGGGAAGUUGAAUGGUAGACAGGGCAUUUUCCCGGCAAACUAUGUUCAACUCCAGUGAAUGAACAAUAUGUAACGAAAAAACACUCCCCUUUUUAUCACAAUAAACUUUCUAUGCUAAAGAUGUACUUGCUGAUCAACUUGAUUUUUAGUAUUUAUCUGUUGUUUU